AUGGCGCCGCGACGCAGCAUCGUGGAGGUGAAGGUGCUGGACGUGCAGAAGCGGCGGGUGCCCAACAAGCAUUAUGUCUACAUCAUCCGGGUCACGUGGUCCAGUGGUGCCACAGAGGCCAUUUACCGGCGCUACAGCAAGUUCUUUGACCUGCAGAUGCAGAUGUUGGACAAGUUUCCCAUGGAAGGAGGACAGAAGGACCCCAAACAGCGGAUCAUCCCCUUCCUGCCAGGCAAAAUCCUCUUCCGGCGAAGUCACAUCCGGGAUGUGGCCGUCAAACGCCUGAUACCGAUCGAUGAGUACUGCAAGGCCCUGAUCCAGCUGCCCCCCUAUAUCUCUCAGUGUGAGGAGGUACUGCGGUUCUUCGAGACGAGGCCUGAGGACCUGAAUCCCCCCAAAGAAGAGCACAUUGGGAAAAAGAAAACUGGGGGUGACCUGACCUCAGUGGACCCUAUGGUCUUGGAACAGUAUGUGGUGGUAGCAGAGUACCAGAAGCAGGAGAGCUCAGAGAUCAGCCUUAGCGUGGGGCAGGUGGUAGACAUCAUUGAGAAGAAUGAAUCAGGCUGGUGGUUUGUGAGCACUGCAGAAGAGCAAGGCUGGGUCCCUGCCACCUGCCUGGAGGGGCAAGAUGGCGUGCAGGACGAGUUUUCCUUCCAGCCUGAGGAAGAGGAGAAGUACACGGUGAUCUACCCAUACGCAGCUCGGGACCAGGAUGAGAUGAAUCUGGAGAGAGGGGCCGUGGUGGAGGUCCUCCAGAAAAACCUGGAAGGCUGGUGGAAGAUCAGGUUCCAGGGAAAAGAAGGCUGGGCCCCCGCCUCCUACCUAAAGAAGAGCAGCGGGGAGCUCUUGCCACCUAAGCUGGGCCCUGGCUCAUCCGCCCACUCAGGGGCUCUGGACCUGGAUGGUGUUGGCCGGCAGCAGGUUACGGUGAGCAGGGAGAAGGAGUUGCUCAACAACCAGAGGGAUGGCCGCUUUGAAGGCCGUGCAGUGCCCGAUGGCGACAUUAAGCAGAGAUCACCAAAGAUGAGGCAGAGACCCCCUCCUCGCCGGGAUAUGACCAUCCCUCGAGGUCUCAACCUGCCGAAGCCUCCCAUCCCGCCCCAGGUGGAAGAAGAGUAUUAUACCAUUGCUGAGUUCCAGACCACCAUCCCAGACGGCAUCAGCUUCCAGGCCGGUCUGAAGGUCGAGGUGAUUGAGAAGAGCCUGAGCGGCUGGUGGUACAUUCAGAUGGAGGAUAAGGAAGGCUGGGCCCCCGCAACCUUCAUCGACAAGUACAAGAAGACCAGUAAUGCAUCAAGACCCAAUUUUCUUGCCCCCCUGCCCCAUGAAGUGGCCCAGCUCCGGCUGGGGGAUGCAGCAGCAACGGAGAACAACACAGGCAGUGAUGCCGUGGGCCCCUCCCGGCCCCUGCCUGAGACACCACAUGGUGCUGGGGACUCUGGGAUGCCAUGGGCCAAAGACCGGAAGGGGGGCAAGGAGGCCACAAGAAAGGCAUCUGCAGACACCUCUGCGUCCGCGGGCUACGAGGAUAUUGCAGAUGCCAGCCUGGAGGAGAAGCCCAGCCUCCCUCCCCGGAAAGAAUCCAUCAUCAAGUCGGAAGGGGAACUGAUGGAGCGGGAGCGCCAGAGGUCAGAGCAGCUGCGGGGCGCCUCGCCCAAGCCUCCUGGGGUGAUUUUGCCAAUAAUUCCCGCCAAGCACAGCCCCCCUGCCCGGGAAGGCCGGAAGCCAGAGCCCAAGCCCGACAAAAGCAAGCUAUUCCAACUGAAGAACGACAUGGGGCUGGAGUGUGGCCACAAGGUGUUGGCCAAGGAGGUAAAGAAGCCCAACCUCAGGCCCAUCUCCAAACCCAAGGCUGAGCCACUGGAGGAGAAGCCAGAAGCCGCUCCCCUGAACCCGUUUUUGAAGUCUAGACCUCAGGUUCGGCCCAAACCAGCUCCUUCCCCCAAGACAGAGGCAGCUCAGGGCGAGGACCCAGUGGAUAUCUGCAACCUCAGGAGUAAGCUCAGGCCUGCCAAGUCCCAGGACAAGUCUUCAUUGGAUGGGGAGAGCCAGCAGGCUGCUGGGGGCCAGGAUAUAGCCUUUAGCCGAAGCUUUCUCCCAGGGGAGGGACCUGGCCGAGCCCAGGACAGGUCUAACAAACAGGAUGGGCUCAGCCCAAAGGAGAUGUCCUGCAGAGCCCCGCCAAGGCCAACCAAGACCACAGAUCCCGGGCCUAAGAAUGUGCCUGUGCCUCUCCAAGAGUCCUCCCAACAGAGGCCUGUGGUCCCACCCCGGAGACCACCACCCCCGAAGAAAACCUCCUCGUCAUCAUUGUCAUCCAGGCCCCUCCCAGAGGUCAGAGGGCCACAGCACGGUGCCAAUGAAAGCAAGGCAGCUCCCACCCCAGGCCGUGCCCUUCUUGUCCCUCCCAAAGCCAAACCUCUUCUCUCCACCCCCUUGGGCCAAGAUGACAUGCCAGGCAAAGGUGGGCCAGGGUCACGUGUAGCCACCAAAAUGGGAGACAAUAGGGAGAAAGCAGCCGCAGUCCUCUUCCCCAAAGCCGAUGGCCUGAAGGACUCUUUGUAUGUGGCUGUGGCCAACUUUGAGGGAGAUGAAGAUGCCAUCAGCUUCCAGGAAGGAACAAUGUUCCAAGUCCGGGAGAAGAACAGCAGUGGCUGGUGGUUCUGCCAGGUCCUCAGUGGGGCCCCUUCCUGGGAAGGCUGGAUUCCUUCCAACUACCUCAGGAAGAAGCCGUAGCCUGCCUCCUCCCUGCCUGGGGUCCUGCUGUCCUGCUGGCCUCCCUGCGUAUUUAAUAGGCAUUAACUUAUCAGGCUCCAUGCAGGUUCAAGAAAUGGAGCCCAGAGUGCUGUGGCUGGGA